AUGGAUUGGGGUACUUCCAUCGAGCUUGCCGGCAUUCCAACUAACGCGAAUAUUUCUAUCGCUCCAACGGCAAUGUCUGUGGGAGACAUAACGGCAAUGACUGUAGCUAACGGGAGAGGAGACGGGAUUGGACUUACUGCUGGCUGCUGGCUACCAGGCAUGGAGGCUGGGUGCUCGGGGAGAGGUUCCAGGGAAGCGGCAGCGGCUGACGUGGUUGUCAUCCUGGAGCGGUCCAGGCGAGGAGGUGGCGAACGGAGCGACUGGUGGCUCGGGAAACGAUCCUGCACUUACAGCGACUGA